CUGCCAAAGAGGCCGCCAUCUCCCUACCCUCUACCGCCCGGUAACUGUGUUUCUCCUUUCGCCCGCCUUUGCGCUCCUUCUGCCUGGUGCUUUGACGCUGCUGCCCCCCCUGCGGGACCGCCGUUUACCUGCUCUUGUUCCUCGUCUGCCCGUCUGCUUCGGGCAUCUGGCGAAUGCGCAAACGCGCGCCCUCACGCCGCGGAGCCGCUUGGGAUCCGGCCUUGCGCCGGGCUCGGCCCGACAUUCCGACGAUGGCACCGCCGCCCGGAUGGCCACCGGCCGGGCGCCUUCUCCUGCUGGGGCUGGGCUCGCUGUGGGUGGCCCUGAUGGGCCGGAUGGCCGCACGCGCGCAGGCCCCCACCGACGAUGUGUUUCUCCACGCCACUUGGCUCGUCAAUCGGGGAUCGGGGUCCUUCGGCCCGGCGGUCACCCUGCCCGGGCAGCCAUCGAUGGUGGUGGACAAUGUCCUGAACAAUGGUCGGGUGUACAUUCAAAAUGCCUCGCUGGAUGUGUCGGACGAGUUCCGCUGGGGCAGUCUCUUCGACCCCGAGUGGAGCCUGUUUGUCCGGGCGAGCAUCCCCUCCGGCGACAGCCCCGAGUGGAUGGUCCUGGCGCUGGAGGACGAAGAUGGCCCGGUCAAGGUGCUGUACACGCGCCAGUGGGUGACGCUGUUCAGUUCCUCCACCCGGCGGUCUUUCCCGGGGGGGCCGGUGAGCUUGCUCGCCGGCGCGGCGGUGGCCCGAGACCAUGCGGAUUUGCUGGGGCUCGCCGAGCCGCCGGACGGGCCGCGCGAGGUGCGCCUAUGGGAGUUGACCAAUGGGACAUUGGCCCGGGUGACCUUCGGCGUGGAGGUGGCCGCGGGCCAGCCGGCCAAUGCCUCGCCCGGGCCCGGGCGCACCUUCUACCUGUCGACGGGUUCGGAUUUGUGGCAUGUCCGCCAUGGAGGCGUGGCCGCCGGGCCGGCCGCCGUCCAGUCGAUCCCCCUGCCGGCGGGGACGGGCACCAUUCGCCAGCUGGCCGCCACGCGGGUGGUCACCGAUGCCGGCCAGUGCCCGGGAGCCGCGGAUGUGGUGAUGCUCCUGGACGGCGACCAGGUCCAUGUGCUGCCCUGCGGCGCGGGUGGCGCGGGCUCCCCGGGCGAGGCGGGGUCCGGGUAUGCGGCUGCCCUGCCGGCCGGGGCCUCGGCAGCCACCGGGCGCCUGGUCAGCCCGCCCCCGGCCCCGGCCCUGGACGAGGCCUACCCCUUCCUGUACUUCCUGCAGCCGGGCCCCGGGCCCGGUGGGGCGCCGAUGCGGCUUUGGCGAGCGGACGUCCGGUCGGACGGGCUCUCCUGGCGGCAGCUGCUCCUGCCGCCGGGCCACACGGCCCCGGGGCACUUGCAGCUGGUGCGCCUGCGGCUGACGCUCUCGGGGCCGAGCUCGGGCGAGUGGGCGCUGCUGGCCGACCAGCAUGUGCUGCUGGAAUCCGAGCGCUUCCGCUGCCACACCGAUGAGAGCAUCGUGUGCGACGGGCCGGGCGGGCUGACCGGAGGGGCCUUGGGCUGGGUCUGUGCCCCGACCCGGGCCAUGGCGCCGCAUGUCGUGCCCGGGCAACUGUGUGGCGACUGUGCGGAGGAGCAUUACCUUGAUCGGCCGGAGGACGAGCCGCCCUUCUCCUCGCCGGGCCACGUGUGCCGGGCCUGUGCCGACAGCGCGUGCCGCACGUGCGACCGGCACGACUGCCUGGUGUGCAAGGGGGCGCGAGUGCGCCAGCCGACCGGCCCCGGAGGGGCGAUGGUCUGUGUGGACGCCUGCUCGGAGGGGUUUGCCCUGUGGGGCGGGGUCUGCCUGCCGGCGGGCCUGGACCAGGAGGUGGCCCGCUUCGAUGCGGCCGGGCGGGAGACCCUGCCCGGGCCGGUGCUCGGCAGCCAGGUGACCGGGGUCGGGGCCACCCGGCUCGGGGUGGACCUGGCCACCGGGCUGGCGACCAUCCCGCCGCCGGGCACCGAGCCGGGGAAUGUCCUGCUCUUUGCCGGGCCCGGCCGGGACCCGCUGCUGAUGGGGAUGGAGGACAUCGGCCACGCCGGCAAGGCACCCCCGGCGGCGGUGCGGCUCUUUGUCCAGCCGCCGGCCGAGGCGGUCCUGGGCGUGGCGGAGCUCGGGCCGACGCUCAAUGCCGAGGGGCGCUUGGUGAUGGCGCUGCUGCUGGCCGAGCGGAGUGGGCGAAUUUCGUUGGCCUGGUUGUCUUGCCAGCCGGCCGGGCCGGGCCAGGGCUGCACGGUGGCCGAGCCAAGCGCCCUGAUCCGCACCGGCAUUCAGACCUUGCCGGCGAUCCGGCGCCUGGACGAGCGCCAUGUCUAUGUCACCGAUGAUUCGCUGGUGUCAUCGAUCUUCUGGGCGGACAUGGACCGGCUCACAUGGCACAAUGACUGGCAGGCGGCGUCGGAUUUGCUGCCUCUGCGAAAGGGCUGGGUGGUCCAUGUGUCGAUCAUGGAGCAGGCCGGGGUCGGGCCGCUGGCGAUGCUGGUCCAAAAUGAUGCUCGCUGGUGGUGGAACGGCGUGAUGGGGGGCUUGCUGCCGGCCGACCCGAACUGGGGGACAUACCGGGCGGUGCUGCUGCCCCGGGGGCCGGGGCCCGGCGCGGCCGGGCCCGAGGCCGAGGCCAUUGACCCCGGGCCGGAAUUGGUCCUGGUGCUGGACACCACGGCGGCCGCAUGGGACGUGGUCCGGGUGCCGGGGAGUUUGCCCUCGGCCGGGGGCACUGGCGCGCGAAGGCCCAGCACCCUGAGCCAGCGGCUGGGCCUGUUGCCGGAGGCGCCGGACCUGGCGGCCGACAUGCGGCCAUCUUCCCGGGUGUUCGGGGUCCGGCUGGCCGGCGGGUCGGCCGAGUAUCCCAGUGCCCUGGUGCUCCUGUCGCAGAAGUACGUGGCCCUGUCGGUGCUUUGGUGCCGGCCUGGCGGCCGGUCGGCGGCGUGCGUCCUGUUGCCGGCGGUGUUGACCGACCUCCCGGCCGAGCUCCACCUCACGGCACGGGAUUUGCUGUGGGCGGAGCCGGUGGUGUACACCCCGGCCGGGCCGUCGCCCAACACGCCGGGGCUGCUGGUCAGCGUGCUGACCUUCGCCGAGGCCCGGGGCCCGGUGUAUUUGCACCUGCGGGUGCCCUGUCCCUCGGGCACGGUGGGGAAGGGCUGCCUGGCGUGUGCGGACGCUUGCGCCGAGUGCUGGGUCCCGGGGGAUGCGACGGCUUGCGUGAGGUGCCCGCCCGGGCGGUUCCUGGCGGCCGGCGGGGGCACCUGCUCGGCCACCUGCGCCGCCGGAACCACCCCCGGGACCGGGGACCGGGAGGGGAUUUGCGUGCCCUGUCCUCCGGGCACGGCCGGCCCGACGUGCGAUCCCUGCCACGCGACGUGUGUGCUGUGCUCGAGCCCCGGCGAUGCGAUGGCUUGCCUGACCUGCCAGCCGGGGCACCUCAUGACCGCCCUCGGGUCCUGCGUGGAGGAGUGCAUCCCGGGGACCAUGCCCGGGAUUGACGACGGCCACGAGGGGACCUGCGUGCCCUGUCCGGCCAGCUGCCUGGACUGAGAGCACGGCAGCCCGGAACGGAGGAGGCGGGGGGGAAAAAAGUGCCAGCCCCUCGCCCGAUGCCUCAUGCUACGACGGGACAUCUCCCUUGCCGGCGGUCGGAAUCAUGGGGCUAUUGCCUGGGCGUACAUCGGCGCCCGGCCAAACGGCGGUGUUGGAUCCCCCACGGCGCCAACGAGGCCGAUGGCCUCUCCUCUUGAUCCUGUACCAUACACCUGACCGUCGGA